ACCUACACAUUCGUUAAACAUAUAUACCAUACAUCUUAUAGCUUUACAACAUUAUAACACUUGAUAAGCUGCCCCUUAUCGCGAAUACAUUGCCACCCGAUACCGGUGCCCCAACGCUUCUUACUAUUGCCAAUAUGUCCGGUGUUGUUACUGCUCUACAGCCAUCUAUGGGAUGGGACGUUCACCUACGAUGCCCCCCAAUCCGCGUUGCACCACCAGCGUUUGGAACGCUUUGCGCGGCACCUUGCCCUGCAACCGUUCGACGAGAAGUGCCACCUGCACCGCAAACGCUUGCUCGUCCUCCGGCGGCAACGGAGCGCUUCAACCUCAUCGUCCCCACGUCCUUACUGGAAAAAUCUUUUGACAUGAACAGCGUGCUGCAACGUGGCUUAACAGUUGUGUUCAAGAUGGUGCGCGGUGGCUCCGCUCCGCUGUCCAAGACUUUGGGGGCUGCCUACGGCUACGUCACGCGUCAUGUGAAUCCAAUUGGCCUCACCACCUAUCGCGUGUGCGGCCAGCACCCCCUCGGUGCUGGAAGCGGAUGCCUGCUGCACGGCUGGUCUACGGAGGACGGAUGCCUGGUAGUUGAGGUCAUGGAACGCCAACAGACAACGCCCAUGCAGGAACCCCCAACAGCGCCAACCCACCGGCUCUUCGGUGAUUGCCUGCCCUCUCCCGCCACCAUCCGGAAACCCCACCCGCGCUCCAACGACCUCCUGAAUGCGCCGUCGCAUCAGCAGUCCUUGCAGUCUGAGCCUGAGCAGCAAAACCUGCUGCAGCGGCUGCAUCAGGAGACAGUAGCCCCCACGGCACUUCUGGAUACGCAACAAGAGCAGUGGCGGCAGCAGCAGAAACCUGCCGACGACUGCAGGGUGGGCGCGGGCUCCCCUAGCCAGGGCCAGUCAUGCGCAUCGGACUCAACAUGUGCCGGCAGUCCUACGAUGACCGACGACACGUCCAUAGUCCUACCGGCAAAGGCUGCACCCGUCAGCUGCUGCACGUCUGAUCCCUCCACAACGCGGCAGGCGCCAUGUGAGAAUGCGGCGCCGGUGUGCGAGCUGAAUUCCAAGCUGCUGACCAGAUACAAGGCCGCCGCACUAGAGUCCAUGACGCCGACCGAGCCCUGCAAGCGCUCACGUCGUGCUGUGAGCGAGCGCGGUAGUGUAGACCCGUAUGCGGAGCUGCACGCCGGUAUUGACUUGCUGCUUGCAGCGCACGUGACGCUGUGCCAGCUGGAGGAGGGCCGGCCCAAGCGUACUAGGGUGCAGAAAUCGUACUCCACCUGAGGUUCACGGGGUGACGCUGCAUGGCCGUGCUUGGGGCUUUGCCUUUGUUCAAUCGUACACUGUCUUAAGACGCGUAGGUAGAGAGCAUGUGCAUGCCGCAUCGGUUUAUACCACGCAUGUGCCUCCAUAGAUGCCUUAAACUGAUCUACUACACGCCUAGAAGCAAGCACGCGCCACUACACGUGGCUUCAUAAGUCGCAAGGACGACAGUGCACCGGGAUGUGUUUCACUUAUUUUUUCAAUGGUUGAAUGAAACA